UACCGCCAGUUCGACUGUGCCCAUGUGUACCAGAAUGAAAAUGAAAUAGGGGAUGCGAUCCAAGAGAAAAUUGAGGAGGGGGUUGUGACACGGGAGGACCUCUUUGUCGUCAGUAAGGUACAGCUUUGACUUACCUGAGUCUAAGUAUGGGGUCAGGUUGAUGACUGGCAGGAAAAGAGACAAAGAUCACAUAAUGCAAAAGGCAGGCUCCAUGGAGUAAAGCUAAUCGGGAAAUUAACCCCUUAAUACUGUACCUGCUAUUUAUUAAUUUUGUUUUCUUUAUUCCAGUAGUCAAGUAAAGGGGAUGGAGGGAAGAAAAAAAGAAACUCUUGAAAAUCCAUGGCUGAUUAGAAUGCACUUUUCUGUGUACUCCUCUUUUGCCAGCAAUAGAGCAGGAACUCAGCCUGUGCUUUCAGUGACUCUGAGGAAGAAAGCAUGGCUACAGCAUUCUUGCUCAUUCCUGCUGCAGGAUUGAAUUUAUUCGCUCUUGUAUGUUAGGUUUUCUCCCUGGCAGCAACAAGUAUAAGAAAAAGAAAUAGUUUUCUACCUUCUGGAAAACCUGUGAGUCGGUCUUCACCAAUCUUGCAUUUUUGCAUUAUUUUCUUUAAUUGCUGUCUUAACUGGUGACAUUUUACUAUAUCAUAAUCUGGCAGAAUCCUAAUUUUGUCAAGUGUACUGCCAGUUAUAAAAUGAACUGCAAGAAAAUACCCAUCAACUCCACCUCUCCUGUAGAUGAAAGGCAUAAUAUUCCCAGACCUGCCUCUGCUGUGGUGCACAUUUCAUGAGAAAUCCCUGGUGAAGGGAGCAUGCCAGAAUACGCUUGCUGCCCUGAAAUUGGAUUAUUUGGACCUCUACCUGAUGCACUGGCCGAUGGGAUUCAAGGCUGGAGAAGAACUGUUUCCUGCAGAUGAGAAUGGCAUGAUCAUUCCAAGUGACACAGAUUUUCUGGACACAUGGGAGGCUAUGGAAGAGCUGGUGGAUGCAGGAUUGGCGAAAUCCAUUGGAAUCUCCAACUUUAACUGUGAACAGAUAAAGAGGCUCUUGAACAAACCUGAUUUAAAAUACAAACCAGUGAAUAACCAGAUUGAGAGCCACCCAUACCUUCCUCAGGAAGAGCUGGUUAAGUAUUGCCAGUCCCAAGGGAUCACUGUCACUGCAUACUGUCCCCUUGGAGCUCCCAACUGGCCUUGGCCCAAGUCUGAGAACUUUUUCCUCUUGGAUGACCCCAAGAUUAAGGAAAUUGCAGCUAAGUACAGAAAAACCUCAGCUCAGGUUCUGAUCCGGUUCCACAUCCAAAGAAAUGUGAGUGUAAUUCCCAAGUCUGUCACUCCACAUCGUAUUGAGGAGAAUUUUAAGGUGUUUGACUUUGAAUUAACUAAAGAGGAGAUGGAAACCAUCCGCAGCUUUAAGAGGAGAUGUAGGAUCUGUCUCAUAAACAUGUGCACAAAUCACAAGGACUAUCCUUUCAGAGAAGAUUAAACCUGGCAUUGUCUUGACAUUCUUCAGGGCUUAGAAUGAUUGCCUUCUGCUGAUCCUUUAGUCUGGUUAGCUGAACUGAUAAGUAUGUUCACAUGCACUAUACAAUUAUGGCAUCAUUUAUCACCAGUGUAAAUGUAUUAGGUACUGCCUGCUGGCAGGGGAGAUUCUACAAGAAGCUUGAAGAACAAAGUCUGAAAACAGUCCAAUUUGCUGCCCUUACAUCUACUAUUACUACUGUAGUCCUUUAGCUGGGUGAGAUUUUGUUUUUACAAUAUAAAUGCAUGUUUUCACCUUUAGUAAAACUUAUUCCACAGGCUGUUAGUAAUGAGACAGGUAAACAAGUUUUAAUAAUGCUUGACCUACAGGCCUUGUGAACAAGUUUCUAGCAAUUAAACUAAACAAUAUUUUUGUAGCCAUAUUAACAGAAUGCUUAUGGCAUUUGGACUCAUUUCGUACUAUAGUAGCAGAAUCUAGUCCACUAGCAUUAAGACACCUAGUCCAGCAUUAAAACCUAAUUUAAUCUAAGAAGAUAUGUUGACACCUAAAUACAUAGGCAUAAAACAGCUCAUUCAGUUUUAAGAAGCCUUCAUGAGAUAAGUGGAUGUAGAUUCUUUGUUGCUAUAACUUCAUUUAAUGCAAGGGAGCAGAACAGUUAGACUUUAAGCUGUUUAGGUCAGACUAUCUUAAUGUGCAUUUAUACCUAGGGCCCUACCAAAUUCACGACCGUGACAUGUCACAGUCCAUGAAAUCUGUAUGAUAUAGUAUAAAAGCAAACAAAAGACCAGAUUUCAUGGAGGAGACAUGUGUUUCUCAAAUUGUGGGUACUGACUGGAAAGAGAGUUGCGGGUGGGGGGGGAGUGUCAA